AUGCUCAGGCUAAACUCUCGACAAAUAUUAUUUAACGACACCUUUGACGAGAAGGAUGGUCCUAUUCUGAAAAUCAAGCCCUCUACCCACAUCCGCCAUCGCAGUCGACGCUCCAAUGUCAAUUGGGCGCUCGACCGGCAAUCACAAACACCAGAUAAAACCCCUACUCAGAUCUAUGUGGUGACGGAAACUAUUACAGACAACGUCCCUCAACACUUGAACGCUGGGUUGGUGCCAGUGAGUAGACCUAACUUUAUUCAAUACAAGCAAGAAGCGUCGACUGAUGCGUGA